CACACGCACACACCUGUGAACAGUCGGUGGGAGGUCCACCUGUGGGUCCCAGCAGCGGCGGCGGAGGCAGGCUGGUGAGUCCUCCUCCUCCUGCCACCGUCACUCGUUUCCCUGGAAGCCGACAGAAACCAGUCGGACGUCCUCUGCGCCUCCGGUUUAGACAUUGCAGGAUUCAGACGCGCAACCGGAGGAAUGCGAGGCAAAAAUCGGUGUUUUGGAUGAGAGAACUUCCUUUUAACGCGUGCGUUUUGGUUUCGAGAGUCUCCGGAGCCCAUAAAAAGGCUUCGAAAUGUCUCACCAGCAGCGACUCGUCCAGCUCUCAGCAGCUUCGCUGGCUGUAGUUUUCGGCCCGGACGAGGAGAGUGUGCGCGCCGGCGGAGGGAAACUCGGCGGCACCGGUGCGAGCGGUCAGGAGAUUUUCGAGGACUUUAAAGCGCAAAACUCGCGAAGUUUCUGGAAUAAGAGACUGGUCAAGGCUAUAGCUGAGGUGUACUUUCAGGGAUGGAUGGAAAACCUGGUGCUUUUCAUUCAAGGCAACGCCAGCAACUUGGAGGUGCUGAGGGAAGCGUGGAUGCGCAGGGCUUUGAGGUCACCGAAGGGAUUUAUCAUUAAAGCUGUCGGUGACCUGUCCCCAGUGCAGAUGUCGCCUGUUCCGCAGUCCCAGUUCAUUCCCCUGGCUGAGGUGUUAUGCUCAGUCAUCUCAGACAUGAACUCUUCCCAGAUCACCGUCAGUCAGGACUCACUUGUCAACUACAUGAGCAAAGCUCAUCCAGGGAUAACCAUCCCCACUCAGGACAUCCUCUAUAACGCUUUAGGGAAUCUGAUCAAGGAACGCAAGAUUUACCACACAGGCGAGGGCUACUUCAUCGUCACUCCACAGACUUAUUUCAUCACCAACAACAUGGUCAGAGAGAAGAACUGGUGGACUUCUUCUUCGGCAGAUGACGCUCCUUUACCUCCUCCCGUUACUUACCUACUAAGUAACGACGUCUGUGUCGAGAGCACACAAACGCCCCCAGUCGCCCACUGCAAGUCCUGCAGCUGUUUUAGCCCCCUCCAAAUUUCCACUAAUGCCAUGAAUGCUCCAGCAACUGUGCCUCCCUCCACCGUCCCAGAUCAGCAUUCCGUGUCCGUGUCCAUAAGCGAAUGCACAGGGAAAAGCUUAAAGUGGCCGCGACCUUUAGAUCACAAACCCACCGUGCAACAUCAGUCCACCUCCACUGCAGCAGAUUGUCAGGCAAGUGAGAUCAGCAAGACUACAGCCACUACUAACGCCACCAGCCGCAAAGAAAAAGAUAAACCGGGGAGGAGGUUUGGGCUCAGUUUGUUCUGGAGGAAUGGAGGAAAAAAGGAGAAACCGAAGAAGGAGUAUGCAUCUUUUUCAGGCCAGUUCCCUCCAGAAGAGUGGCCAGUAAGAGACGAGGAUGACCUGAACAACUUACCCCGUGAUCUGGAGCAUGCAAUCAUCAAACGCAUCAACCCUGAGCUAACUGUGGACAAUCUGACACGCCACACGGUCCUCAUGAAGAAGCUGGAGGAGAGAAGGGAGAGAGGGAUGGAAAAAGUGCUGGACAAGGGUGUUGAUAAAGAUGAUAAGGGAGUUGAUAAGGGAAUGUCUACUGAGAUAUUGGCAUCUUCAAAACUGAGGCAUCAUCACUCAUCCAAGGCAGGAGCAGGCAAACGAUCUGCUCAGAAGGCCUCUCGCAGCAAGAGGAGGAGCCACUCGUCCAAAGAGAAGCACAGGGAAAAGGAGAAGGACAAGGUUAAGAACAAAGCUUCCAUAUGUGCGGACAAUUAUCCAGAGGGGGAGGAUUUGAUCCCUACGCGGCUCAGAGUGGAAAUCGCUGUUGAUGAACCAGUUCAAGUGGAAGAAUGUGGAACUGCUGAGGGAAAGUCUCUUUAUAAGAAACGCAUUGAAAACCCUUUCCAGACACAUCCGCUCAAAGAAGCCGAGAACAGAAUUCCCGCUGCCAGAGAGCACAGAAGACGAGAGGUGAAAGAGCACAAGACUUCGGGAUCAGGGAGGAAGGACCGAACGAGUCAUCGCUCCAAAUCUUGGGACCCACACCGGGCCAGACUGAUGGCAGCAGAUGGAGAGAAUGAAGUGAAAUUCACUACAUCUGAAGAACAAUACAACUGCAGCCCUGAGAGGGAAUUUACUGCUGAUCUUCUUUUCCAAUCGGACACGAAGCCCAGCAGAGAGCUGCCACUAAACUACAGCUCAGUCUACCCACAGAGCAGUACGCUUCGCAUAGAUGACAAGGUCAGACAGAGAGAGGACAGAGAGAGCAAACAUUUUCAGGAUGCCCCAGAAUAUGACAGUGUGCCAGAUCGCAGCCAAAAUAUAGUUGGAAGUCUUCCUAACAUCCAGCAGUAUUCCAGUGCUAAUGCCUCUCUCUCCACCCAUCCCCAUGAGCUUGCCAUAAUAAACAAUGUAUAUGAUUCAAAUCUGCCCUGGCCCAAGCCCUCUUUACAGCGGAAACAUUCCCUCAGACUCUCCAACCCACAAAAAGACAACACACAGAGGCCUAACGAGGUCUCUGAAACUACAGAGACCCAGAACCCACAGGAGAUAAGACCUGUCACUAUCAAUAACAGAGAGCAAAGAGCCAUGAGCCUGGGAGAAAGGCUGGAACUGACAUCUAACAGCACUCCUUUGGUAACAGACACUGAUGGCUUUAUUGAGGACGACUGCAGACUCUAUCAGAGAGCAGCUGAUCAGGAGGAUGAUGAUGCCUGCAGUUCAUUGUGCCUGAAUGACGAUGAGGUUACAGAAGAUGCAAAUAAGUACACAACAGUUGGUGCGGACUAUCAGGGUCACCAGCUGGUUUACCAAAACCGCGACUCUAAUCUGAAGUAUCAGGGACCACACAGUCGCCAUUUUAAAUCCAACUUUCACCAGCCAGAAAUCACCUUAAUGCAGGAGUCAGCAGAUCGAAUUCCUCCAGCAAUCCAGAGGGAAGAUUCCCUCAGCCCGUCCAGACCUGAAGACACCAGCUGGAGACUCCAUCGUCAACACCAGAAGAUCAGAUCACCAAGAACCGAAAGCGAAUCCAGCCCAAAACGGGAUGCAGCGAUCCAGGGAGAAAGAUGGCACAAAGAUGACCUCGAUUUGGACUGUUCAGAAGCAUGUGAAGUUGGAGACAGUAGCAUCUUUGACUACUGCCAGACUAGCGAGAUCGAAUCGGACACAGAGACUGUGAGGAAGUCGGCUGAUGAAGGUGACGGUGAGUCUGCUCACUGGGGAGCUGAGGUGGAGAAGAAGGAGGAAGAGAAGCAUGUACCUCAGGCCCACAGGGCUGCUCUGAGCAUGCCCGAUGGAGCUAGAGGGGCAGAUGUUAGGGAAGCUGUGGAAACGGGAGAGAAUCAGAGCAUCACAGGAGACAGCGGUAUAGAUUCUCCUAGGACCCGGGUCAGCUUGGCCUCUAGCAACACUGUCAUUCUUGAAGGUCUCAAGAGAAGAGGCUUUUUGCAGAACCUGGAGAAACUGCAUUCGAAGAGCAGUGCCAUUCGACCACAGAGCUCACUGCUGCAGCUGACUCCUGUCAUGAACGUAUAGCACGCCGGAGCUUUGCAUUGGACCUUCAUGGGUCUCAACUGGAAGAGGCCUUGAACCUCUCUGUUAUAUA